AAUAAGGGAACUGAAAAACUGCGCCGGAUGCGAGAUGGAGGGGUUGUGUUUGUUGCUGUUUGUAACUUUUAUGAAUUUUGGUUUAGUUCAGAACGAAGGGAUAGGAGAUGCAGACAGACGCAACGUCUUAUUCCUCGUUGUGGAUGAUCUGGCUCCGGUCAUCUCAAGCUAUGGAGGCAGAGCCCUGACACCUAACAUUGAUCAGUUGGCUGCACAGUCGGUCAGGUUCACUAACGCAUAUGCACAGCAACCACUGUGUGCUCCAUCUCGAGUGUCCUUUCUGACAAGUCGACGCCCGGAUACGACAAAGACCUACUACAACGGAGCCUUAUACUGGCGGACGAACGCGGGCAAUUUCACCACGUUACCACAAUAUUUCAAGGAUGCCGGUUACUUCACUGCAAGCAUCGGUAAAAUCUUCCAUUAUGGUAAUGUCAGUGGAGAGGACAAUGAUUCUCCCUACAGCUGGUCUGUGCGCCCCUAUCAUGCACCUACACUACCGUAUGGGUUUGAAAAGGUUUGCCCAGGAUCUGAUGGACGGCUCCAUUUCAACCUGCUGUGUCCAGUCAACGUGUCCACUCAGCCUCUCGGUUCGCUACCGGACAUCCAGACCACUGACCACAUCCUAGAGAUCUUCAAGAGUCUGUCCAAGAGUCGCCAGGAAGCGUCUGCACCCCACCUGCCGUUCUUCUUGGGGAUGGGUUUCCAUAAGCCUCACAUCUCCUUCAGGUAUCCCAAGGAAUAUUUGGAGUUUUACCCUCUGGAGUCUGUGGAUAAAGCCCCCAACGCAUUCUACUCCCAGACCCAGCCCCCAGUUGCUUGGAACCCAUUCAUGGAUGUCAGACGGAGGGAGGACACGACUGCACUCCACUUGCCGUUUCCUUACGGUCCUAUGCCCGACAAAUACCAUUAUCUGAUCAGGCAAGCGUACUACGCCUCAACCACCUACAUGGAUUAUGAACUGGGACGUGUCUUGGCUGGAUUAGAGGCGGCCGGGUUUGCAGAUGACACUAUCAUCAGCUUCAUCUCCGACCACGGAUGGCAACUUGGUGAGCAUCAGGAAUGGUCCAAGUUUAGCAACUAUGCCACAGCCACGAGAAUUCCAUUCAUGAUCCACGUACCAGGCAUAACAGACACUGUGAAAGAAGGCUCCAAGAAGCCCAAGUUUCCUCUAAGGGAUCCGUUCUUGGAGUACAAGUCGACAUCGAGGGUUAGAGGGAAGAGCAAGGCCACAAGCUCGCAGGGAGUGUUGGUCAGCGAUGCUCUGGUGGAGCUAACAGAUCUAUUCCCGACCCUUACCGACUUGGUACAAUUACCUGUGCCACCCCUUUGUCCUGUCAACUCAUCCCAAGUCGACACUUGCGUGGAGGGUGUUAGUCUUGCUCCAAUCAUUGUAGAUACAGCUUUGAAUCACUCAAGCAGGAGUAGUCAGUCCUGGAAGAAGGCAGCUUUCACCCAAUACCCCCGGCCCUCCGACACCCCCCGACCCGACAGCGACCAACCAUCCCUGGCCAACAUUACCAUCAUGGGAUACUCCAUGAUCACAGCCGAUGGCUACCACUACACGGAAUGGGUCGGCUUCAAUAACGUCACCUGUGAGAUGAAUUGGAGCGACGUCCACGCGAGAGAGCUGUAUAUUCUCCACUCAGAUCCUUUGGAAGAUACCAACGUUGCCAAUGUAAAGAUCAAUGAACGGCUUGUGCAAAGACUAUCUAGUGAGCUUCACAAAGGGUGGAGAUAUGCUCUACCCAAACAAGUCUAACAACUUGCCAUAAGGCAAAAAAAAAAGUCUCCGGUUUUCUGGUAUGCGCGCGCGUCGCCGUAGCCAUGCGCGUUGGCAAAAUGAAAACAUUUUUUUUUCAAUGAAAGA